CCAGCAGCUGCAGGUCCAAGCCCUGGCUCAGUGCUGAGAGGGUGGCAUUUGUGUGGGACAGGAUGCUUUCAUGGAGACCUUUAGCCAACUUCUUUUGGGACUUACAGUGCAAAAUAUAUUUUCUGCUUGUAGGUAUUUGUUCUGCCUUGAAAUUGACAGUACCAUCUCAUACCAUCCAUGGUAUUGAGGGGCAACCACUUCAUCUUUCUGUUGACUACAAUUUCAAUGCUACAGCUUCUGAAAUCCAGAUAAUUUGGCUUUUUGAGAGGUCUCAAAGUAAUCCAAAAUAUUUGCUUGGCUCUGUAAAUCAAAGAGUAAUUCCAGACUUGGAAUACCAGCACAAGUUUACCCUUAUGCCACCGAAUGCAUCUUUGAGGAUUAACCCAUUGCAUCUCAGUGAUGAAGGCAAUUACAUUGUAAAAGUCAAUGUCCGUGGAAAUGGGACCAUAGCUGCAAGUCAAAAGAUUCAAGUAGCUGUUGAUGUUCCAGUCACAAAACCAACUGUACAUACUGAACCAUCUUCAGGAGUAGUGGAGUAUGUAGGAAAUAUUACCCUAAAAUGUACUGUGGAUAGAGGUACAAGGGUAGUUUACCAGUGGAUGAAAAAUGGGAAGCGUCUUCAUGCUGGCCCUAAUUAUAUCUUUUCAUCAAACAAUGCUACACUUCUCAUUGUUCCUGCAGUAAAAGAAGACAUUGGGAAUUACAGCUGUCUGGUAUCUAACCCUGUCAGUGCAAUGGAAAGUGAGAUAAUUGCGCCAACCAUAUAUUAUGGACCUUAUGGACUUAGAGUCAAAUCAGACAAAGGUCUGAAUAUAGGGGCUGUGUUUACAGUGGACGUGGGGCAAGUUGUACUGUUUGACUGCUCAGCAGAUUCAAACCCACCAAAUACUUAUUCAUGGAUUCAAAGGGAUGACAAUAGCACUCAAGUAAUCAAAUAUGGACCCCAUCUGGAAGUUGUAUCUGAUAAAGUGGCCCAGAAGACAAUGGAUUACAUGUGCUGUGCUUUUAACAACGUGACUGGGAAACGAGACGAAACUCACUUCACAGUUGUUGUUACGUCUGUAGGGUUGGAAAAGCUGGCCCAGAAAGGAAAAUCUUUGUCUUCUCUUGCAGUAAUAACAGGAAUUUCAUUAUUUUUGAUCCUAGCUAUGGCCUUUUUGUUCCUAUGGAAAAAGUAUCAGCCACAUAAAGUGAUACAACAGAAGCUACAGAGCAGGGCAGAGGCUGAUUACAGAAAGGCACAGGCAUUUUCAGGACAUGAAAGUGCUUUGGAUGAUUUUGGGAUAUAUGAGUUCAUCACUUUUCCAGAUCUUACCAGUGGCUCUAGGGUUUCAAGUCAAUCUGUUCCUGGCCCUGACUUUGUCGCAGGCCAGGAUAUGCUAAGUACGGUUUAUGAAGUUAUUCAGCACAUUCCUGAGCAGCCAGAACAAGACCACCAACAAUGUAUAUGAAGAGACAGGAAGAGGAAAUCAAAGCAUCUGAAAAUACCAAAUUUACUACUUCUUCUUUGUAAUAUAUUGAAGAAAAUGCCAACAACUUCAAGAGGAGCAAAGGCUUUUGCCACCUUGUCUUGAAAUAGCAAUUUUUCAGACUGAAAAUCCCUUUUCUUAGGGUGUUCCAAAUUGCCUUUCGUUUUUUGGGGUUCUUUUAAGUAAUAAUUCCUUUGGGAAAGUAGGGAUAUUUUAAUUCUUUUUUUUUUUUUUUUUUUCUUAUCAAUGAAUACAAAAGACAAAGGGAUAUCUUAAAAAAUUCAGUAUAAAACCUACGCCUUUUCUAAAUAAUAAUCAGCAGAAGCACAAGAAGGAACCAGGCCCAAGAUGCCAUCCAUGCUUGUUUUAUUUAAAAAAUAGCAAAAAAUAGCAAACAGAAGGGGUUUUUUUUGUUUGGGUUGACUUUCACAAGAGAAGACCUCCAUACUGGCUUAAAAAGUAAUAAAUGCAGUGUGUCAGAUUGCAAAUUACAUUUGGGGUUUAAAAUAAAGUCAUUCUUUAAUUCAUUUAAUGUGACAUAAUUUUCAAGCAUAGAAACAGAUCUGUCAGGCAGUUACAAAAAUGUACAUAUGUAUAUUAUUCAGAAUAAUGUGUUCUUAUUAAAUUCUGUUUCCUUUGCAUUUGAAUUGGUUUUCUAUUUGCUGCUGAAGAGCCUGUUUCUCAUUGACUACGAGAGUAAGUGAUAUUCAAGCUAUUUCCAAAAGCCACAGGAAGUUCAGGCUAUUUGUACAUUAAAAUAAUUCUCCACUGCAAAUGAAACCAAUCUUACUCUCUUUAAACAGUGUGUUACAAGUCCCUUUGCAAAUAGAAGAAUACUCUUCCAGAAGCUUCUGUUAGCUGGCUUCUGAAUCCUGCAGGAACAAUCACUAUUAUUUCCACAGGGUCAGCUAUUAGUUUGUGUCAGUUAGCUGCAGUCAGGGAAAAGAGGAAAUAUGAACUGAAUUAAUCUACAGGGGGAAAAAAAGUUACUUCAGGAGCAAUUAAGUGUGCAGAAAAUCAUAACUGUGAGUAAUGAGAAAGCAGACAAUGUGUCUACCCUUUAAGACAGGCUGUAUGAUAAUAUUUAAAGCACUCUGUAUUAUGAAAAAUAAUUUGCACUUAUUUAAAAUACCUCCUUAAUCCAUAUUUACCAAACAUUCUUCCUGUCUCCAUCUUUCAAAGACAAUGAAAAAACAGCAUGGUUUUCAGCCAGCAUUCUGAUCUUGUGAGGCUAAAAAAAAGGGAAUAAAACAACUGCACCAUUGCAUGUGAGGAAAAUACGAUUUGGCAUUACACAGAGGCAGCACAUGAAGCCCAAACAUGCAAGUAGUAGUGACAUGAUCUCAAAAAUAACAUAUUCACCAGAUUUGCUCCCUAAGAAAUAGCCAUCUGACAUGAAGGCAUCAGACAGAGGCUCUAAGUAGAAACAUUUAGGCAGAUCUCUGAAAGACUGAGAAGCUUAAAGAGUUCCUUAUAAAUUCCUCCAUUGUUCAGUCAAAACUGACUUCAUGUGUGUUUCAAAUCAGGACAGCUCUUUGGGAUUUGCAAAGUCUGAUUUUCACCCUCUUUUCUCCUCCUUUUCUUGCUGGAGCAAUAAUUUUAAUUGCUCUGAAGGGAGUAUGCUGAUUAGUGAAGUGCUUGAGAUCAUUCCAUCUUACCCCAUUGGAUGUCACUGCAGGCCACAGGGCAGGAGAUGCAGAUUAAUUAGGAGAAAGUUGUUUCUCCAACUCUGGACGCUCUGUAUUUAUAACUGCCUGUUGUUUACAUUUUUUAGGCUUUUGGGGGUGGGGAAAGAAGUCAGGUCAACAUCAGCUCCAUUCUACAUUCUAUUAAGCUCACUUAAGCCCAUGCCUAAGUGCAUUUUAAAGGUCCCAAAACAUUUUGUUUCAGAAUCUGUGCUCAUGUCUCAAUAACAUAGGGGAAAACUUUUUUGGUUUAAGCCAUUUGUCAAUAAUGUGAGAUGACUUUAUUAGUCCCAUACAAAAGUCCACCUUAACAGUCUUUUGAACUUCUGCAAAGUGCCUGUAAAAAUAACUGUAAAUUUAAUGAAACAAUUCUGCUUAUGCAUCACAUAAUGCCUAAAAGCUCUGUGGGUCCAUGCAUUUUCACUGGAAAGGACAUCCAUCAAAAGGUUUGUAAAUAUGAAACAAAAACCUGCCUGUUGCAAAUAGAAUGUCCCCAGAGGCCCUGUAUGCAAGUCAUGGCUGUCACAUUCCUUCUCUCCACUUACAACGAAAAUUUACAGAGAAAAACUCAACUGGAAGGGAAAUUUAUUUCACUAUAGAAAGAAAAAAAAUUGCAUAAAUAACUCUUUUAGUUAUGGCAGCAGAACUGGCUCUGCAAAUAGGAAUAUGUUAUUGAAACAGACAGAGGGCAAACACAGGCAAGUCAU